AUGGAGACAGUAGAUCUCUCCAACUAUGAUUGGUAUAACCGCGACGAAAUCCUACAGACUCUCAGUCUGAUCCAGACUGGAUACUACCGCCAAUUUAACAGUUUUGUGGAUAUUCUUUCGAGCGUGUCUUUGGAGGCGUUAAUUCAGAGUCAUAUUAAAACGCGAAUCAGCAGCUGGAUCCAAUCUAUCAAUGAAGAUACGAUCUGGAUCCAAGGUUCUCUUUACGGGGUGUGGAUUCCUACUAGUCAAAAUACGCUGGAAGCUAUAUAUGCUAAGGUGGCAUCUGAUAAUGCAGGGAUCGCAAACGUAUCCUACUUUUACUCCCUUAGGCCUCCAGUAUUCACCGGCCAACCGGAACCCUCCAAAGGCGAGAUGCUAUUAGAUAUGGUUAAAUCCAUCAUUGUACAGCUUAUUAUGUUCCUGCCCGACGAAAUAUACACAGAUAUGGACCUGUCCACCGAGCGAUUCCUAAGGCUAACCGAUCCUGGAGUGGAUAUUAACACUGCGCUUUCAUUAAUGAGAGAUAUACGAGUGUUCGCUCCGCCUUAUCUAAACUGUAUUGUCGAAGGGCUCGAGAAGGUCGAGAGCCCAACUGAUGCAAGACAUACACGAGACCUCCUUCGUACACUUCUUGAACUUUCGAAACACGCGCCGGAGCUGGCAUCGAAUGUGCGAGUUGGGGACUAUGUAGCGGCGAAGACUGUCAAGGCAUGCUUCACGAGCACCGGCAACGUGGUUGCGCUCGACAAUAUGGUAAAUACUGGCCGUGCUGAGAAAGUUAUGGAGACCCCUUAUCUUUCAACUGCAGGAGCCUAUAUUUUGCCUAACAUCUAUGGUUUACCUUAG